UAAAUGCCACUAACACCCUAGUUUUUCUGAGUUGGUAAAGUUAGAAGAGGUAAAGGCUUGACGGCGGAGCAGGAGGGUGAAAAAAGAGAAUCUAGAGACGAACCCAGAGAUGUCAAAAUCACAGAAGCGCGCUAUAGAAGACGAGAAAAAGGACUUCGCUGCCAUUACAGAGAAGCUAGCACAGCAACAGAUAUCUUUAAAUAAACAUAGGGAAGAGCUUAAGAAGCUUGACAAGUGCUUUGCUGCAAAGGAAAAAUCGGUGAAAACUCUUGAACUCCUCAAAGAGAGAGAAAAUGACCGCUUGGAAGCAUUCGUCAAGAUGACUGAGGAGAAACAUGCAGAUGCCCUAACCUUUUUUGAAAAACAGAGGGAGUCCAAACAGGAAAAGAAUGCUAUAAUUGAGAAAUUAAUGGAGGAAGAAAGGACAGUAAAAAGUGAAGUGGGCAAGGUUGAGGAACUCCUGAAUGAAUGUAAAGGUUACCAGAAUGUUCUGUUAAAGGUGAUGAAUACAGAGAGGCAAGAAGCCCCAGAAGCAGAGACUUUUAAAGCUCAAGUCUUAUCCAACUUAGAAUCUUUUGAGAUUCAUGAAACCACAGUUACCCAGGGUUUGGAGACCUCUCCAGAUAGCGUGCCAUCUUCAGACAAAAAGCCCACACUGUCCUCAGCCCCCAGCAACACUCUUGUCACAGAUUCGAACCUGGAAAGUGACAUCGACAGUGAGCUGCAGCUAUACUUCUCUGAACCUCAUCAGCUAAUGGAUCUGUUGUCUAAGAUGACAGACCAGAAUCUGUCUCUGGUUCAGAACGCCACCAGGAUAGACAAAAAGCUGGAGGAGACCAUUGAGAUCACCAGGAAGAAAAUGGAUGAUGAUGAAGAGAAGCUAACAUUACAGAUAAAUGACAUGAAGGACAGAAUUGACAAAGAAACAGACAGAGGUGCCAUUCUCAGAAAGAAGGUUCUUCUCCAUGAUUCAUUAAAAGCACAAGACCAGGAUAUUAUGUUGCAAACUCUGGCUCAGAAAGUCGCAACAGUGCAUUCCAGUGUGGAUAAACGUUUGACUAACCUCAGCACCUUGGAGAAGCUGGCUAGUAUUGAGAAUCGUGCAUCUUUGCUUCUCGAGGAAAUUGAGAGUAUCCCUCAAGAAACAUUGCACACGCUGAGGUGUAUCAAGGACAAGGAGAGGAGGAGCAGGCUGCGCCAGGAAGAGCUAAGACUGGAGAUGGAGAAACAAGCAGAAAGGAUGAAAAAGUGCAUCAAAAGAUCACAGCACGAUACCAAGAAAACUUAUGGAAGAAAGCUCAUGCCCAGAUGCAUCCCUGUGAAACAGAGGGUCCAAGCCACUGAGGAGGCCAUUGUUGAGGACACAGAGGAGGACAACCAAGACUACCUCUUCAAAGAUGACUCAGACUAAAAAUAAAAUAAAAGU